GCAUUUAUAAGUUGCCCCAAACACCUCUGCUUUAUUUAACUAAUAUUUACAUUUGAUGAAUCAUCAAUGUUACUCACACCACAUUUUCAUUUUUACCUUCUAAUAAAAACAACACAAAACUAAUUUUGCAUUCAAAAUCAUAAUUUUAUACUGAAAUACCAUAUCUAUUAUAUAUAGAUAUGGUUUGAUGGGAAAAUGCAUUUCAAUUAACAUUUAUGCCUCAUUACAAAAAAAUCAUACGUCACGUAAUCUGCCGUUAAACGUAGGCCUACCACAUAGGCUAAGCAAUGAGCGUGCGUCAAGCCGUGCGCGUGUACAUGUGUCAUAUAAUUCCAUAGAGGGGAUAAAUUCAUCCAACUGACAACUGACAUUUGAAGUCAACUGAAUCGAAAUGACAUUCCUACCGCAGGUAGAAAAUUGACGCCACUUUGAUUUGUCGUCGCGAAGCAGGAAGAUAAAGUUUGAUCACAGAAAGAACAGAUUAGGAAGUGGAGGAUGUAAUCGAAGCGCUCUGAGCGCGCGCCUCCAUAUCGUUCAUAGACCGAAAAAAAGUUCCAAUACUUGGGUUGUUUAGUAACAUGCAUGCGAGAUGGAAACUUCUCAUCUUCCCAGGUUUUGUGGUCACGUUUUUCGUAAUCAUCUACUUGGACGGUCAACUGCGAUCGCGUCAUCACAGAGGUCCGCUGCCGGGUCUGUUCCAGCGGUCCAUCCAGGAGGCGCGGGCCCCGGGGAGGGACGCGCCGAGCCCGGCCAGCGAGGUGGCACCACGCCGUGACCUUCUCCCCGGGAGAAACAGUGCUCCCGAGCGCAGGUUCGUCGACCAGUCGCAGCUGAAGUUGGCUGAUAUAUUCUUGGCGGUGAAGACGAGUGGUAAAUUCCAUAAGACUCGUCUGGCCCUUCUCAUGGAGACGUGGAUAGCGCGGACCAAGACGCACACAUAUAUUUUCACAGACACCAAAGAUGAAGACAUCUCAUCUGAAGGCUUUAACCUGGUGGUAACAGACUGUCUGUCGGACCACAGCCAGCAGGCUCUGUCCUGCAAGAUGUCUGCUGAGUAUGACCACUUCAUGGCGUCUGACAAGAGGUGGCUGUGUCACGUGGACGACGACAACUACGUCAACGGGGAGGGGCUCCGGGCGCUGCUGGCCUCCUUCCCCCAGGACGGCAGCUUCUACGUGGGCAGACCCAGCCUGGACCGGCCCAUCACUGCUCAUGAGCUGCUGGAGGACAACACCACGGUAGUGUUCCCCGAGCUAUGCGUUGUGAGCUACCUUCUCCGGUUCUGUGUUCCAGCAUUCGGUUCCUCUUGUCUUUCAGAGGGAGGUCAGUUUCUGGUUUGCCACAGGGGGCGCCGGCUUCUGUCUGAGCCGACGGUUGGCAGAGAGGAUGCUGCCCUGGGCCCGGUGAGCAAGGCACAGUCAUACAGCGGUGUGCGGUUCGAGCAGACCUCGGCCCGGAUCCGCCUGCCGGACGACUGCACCGUGGGCUUCAUCGUGGAGCGCAGGCUGGGGGUCUCGCUGGUCCAAAGCCCCCUCUUCCACUCCCACCUGGAGAACCUUCUGCUGCUCACCCCGGCAAGCAUACCUUGGCAGGCGACAUUGAGCUACGGCAUGUUUGAGAACAAGAUUAACAGCAUCGAACUGAAAGGAGCCUUCUCCAAAGAGGACGACCCCUCCAGAUUCAAGACUGUACACUGUAGGCUGUACCCCUUAACCAGUUGGUGUCCCUGAAUCACCCCAAAGGACUGCAUUUCCCACAGAACCCCUGGGCACAGUACCACCUUGUUAAGGACCUCGUCUUGUAAGAUGCCAGCACUUUCUGUAAAACAAUUACAAGAUAUGUACUUAUCAAAUUUUUAGUUCAGUCAGUAUUAAAAUUGCUGUGGAUAACGUUUUAAUAUUUUUUAAAGAAUGAUACAAUUUUAUUGGGCUGAUGAAUGUACUAAGUACAACGCUGGACAGCUCGUAUUGUAAAUGUAUUGUAAAUAUGGUAUUGAAAAGCUCUAGGGAGGCCCAGUUUUACAUCGACUAGUAUGUUGACUGUUGGUCAUUGAGAAGCGCGAGCUAUGAUGAAAAGUACAUUUUCUGUUUUCUGUGUUCGGGGGGGUCUGAAACUGAAGACAGACCAACAUUCUGAGGUCACACGCCGCCCCUCCUGGGUGGUAUCCAUAGCAACAGGAGGCACCAUCCAGCCAGUUCUCUUCAUAGGAAAUAUGUAUCAUAAAUCCUACCGAUGUACCAACCAACUUCUGAUGCAAUUAAGACCACCUCUUCCUUCCUGCUUUCAUUGUACAAUAUUUCCCCUGAGACAAAGCUCUGUGUAUAGUCUUACAUUAUAGAAGGGUCGAGAGCCUUUUUCUCUAAAAGGUAGACUCAAAGAAACUGUUUAGAAAACCUCUUCAUAAAGGCGUCUUUAGGGAAAAUAACUUGAGCUACUGAACCCCAGUCUCAGUGAUUCCAUAAUCUCCAGCUAGUUGCCUUGAUAAAGAACUUGUUAGAGGUUCAAGGCUGGUGACUUUCUGAGCAGUAUUACAAAAAAAUGAUUGUGUAAAUGUAGUUCAUGUUACUCCAGUCAAGCAAAUAAAUGAAUAAGACCACUUUUGUA